GCUCAACUUGCACCUCUCAUAUCAACGAAGCAUCCACAAAAUGAAGUAUCUAAGCUCCUAUUUCACCUUUGCUACUGCCAUUGCUCUUUUAUUUUCAUUUGAUCUUUCUUCAGCAGAUGAAAAGUUUGUUCAAUGUCUUUACAAUCAUCCCCAUAUCACCAACUCAAUCUCCAGUGUUGUUUACACCCAAACCAACUCUUCGUACACCUCUAUCCUAGAUGUUUCUAUUCAAAAUCGUAGGUUCUUAAACAUAACCUCAAAACCCCAAGUUGUUAUCACACCACUGGACGCUUCUCACAUUCAAGCCACCAUAAUCUGUGCCCAAAGUCAUGGUCUGCAAAUUCGAACUCGAAGCGGAGGCCAUGAUUAUGAGGGUCUCUCGUACGUUGCUGAGGUUUCCUUUGUCAUUCUUGACCUCAUAAACCUUCGGGGAAUCGAAGUUGACGUAGAAAACAGAAUUGCAUGGGUUGAAGCUGGGGCGACCAUCGGUGAACUUUACUACAGGAUUAGUCAGAAAAGCAAAACACUUGGUUUCCCAGCAGGUGAAUGCCCACCUGUGGGUGUUGGUGGCCACUUUAGCGGUGGUGGCUAUGGAUACAUGAUGCGUAAGUACGGUCUUGCUGCUGAUCACAUAAUUGAUGCUAAGAUUGUUGACGUCAAUGGUAAUCUCCUAGAUAAAGGAACAAUGGGUGAGGAUCUAUUUUGGGCCAUUAGAGGUGGUGGUGGAGCAAGCUUUGGAGUCAUCGUUGCUUGGAAGAUAAAACUAGUUUCAGUUCCAUCAAUUGUAACAGUGUUCCAAGUUGGAAGGACAUUGGAAGAAAAUGCAACAGAGAUUAUUCAUAAGUGGCAGCGUGUGGCAAAGAAAUUUAACGAGAGCAUAACCAUGAAGGCCAACAUGGUAAGGGUAAAUUCAAGUAAAACUGGGAAUCUAACAGUAGAAGCGCAAUUUCAAUCCUUGUAUCUGGGACGUGUGGAUGACCUCAUUCCCUUGAUGCAAAAGAGCUUCCCGGAGUUGGGUUUGGUGAGAGAAGAUUGCACUGAGAUGAGUUGGAUAGAAUCAAUUUUGUACAAGGCUGGAUUCGCAAAAGGUCAAUCAACAGAUGUUUUGCUGAACAGAACUCAAUUAAUCGGUUUGUUAUUCUUCAAAGCAAAAUCUGAUUAUGUGAGGGAUCCUAUUCCAGAUAUUGGGUUAGAAGGGUUAUGGCCUUUCUUUUAUGAAGAUGAGGCUCAAGAUGCUUACAUUCAAUUCACUCCCUAUGGAGGAAGGAUGGAUGAAAUUUCAGAAUCCGAAACUCCAUUCGCACACAGAUCUGGCUACUUAUUCCACAUUCAAUACGGGGUGUAUUGGCAACAAAAAGGGAAUGCGGCAGAACAAAGGCACUUUAACUGGAUUAGAAGAGUCUAUAAAUAUAUGGAACCUUAUGUUUCAAACUCCCCUAGAGCUGCAUAUCUGAAUUAUAGAGACCUUGACAUUGGAGUUAAUAACAAUGGCGACACAAGCUUCAGCCAAGCCAGCAUUUGGGGCUUUAAGUAUUUCGGUAACAACUUUUACAGAUUGGCACACGUGAAGUCCAGGGUUGACCCUCAAAACUUCUUCAGAAACGAACAAAGCAUACCUCCUCUUAUCUCGGAGAGGGACCGCAUGCCAUUAUAAAUAAAGAUACUUUGUUAUUUUACUUUUAUAUGUUUUUGGAUAAUGUUGUCAAUAAUGCAUAUUUUGUUCUUAUAGUGUGUUAAUUAAGUUCAAGAAAACUCCGUAUGAACUAUUCAGGACAUCUCAUAGUUUUAAGAUUAACUGUUUUCCAUUUGAUAAUGAGAAAGAAAAUCUUGAAAA